AUGUCAGGCGAAGAGAUAACAGGCAACCGCGCGGCAGAAGAUUGCUACUUCACCGCUGAAGAAACGGCUGCGUGCGUCGAGGAAGCUCAUCGCCAUGGCAAGAGAGUAUGCGCACAUGCCCGAGCUCGCGACUCAGUGAAGAUGUGCGUCAGUCAUGGGGUGGACGUCAUAUUCCAUGCAUCCUAUGUUGACGACGAAGGUAUGAUAAUGCUGGAGAAGAAUAGGCAUACGAGCAUUGUUGCACCGGCGAUCAACUGGCUCGUGGCAACUGCAUAUGAAGCCGAAGCGUUUGGAUAUACGCAGGAAGCUGCUGAAAAGGCGGGAUAUGUGAGAGAGCUUGACACUGCGAUUGCUGGGCUUCGAGAGAUGCAUCGACGCGGCAUCGUCAUAUUGCCUGGAGGGGACUAUGGCUUUGCGUGGACACCACAUGGCACGUAUGCUCGAGAUCUGGAGCACUUCGUCAACUUGUUCGGAUUUACGCCGCAUGAAAGUAUCAUUGCUGCGACCGCCGGCGUAGCUGCACUCUUCAUGAGGAGUCAUGAAUUGGGCAGAAUUCAGCCCGGAUACCUCGCAGACUGCAUUCUUGUAGAUGGUGAUCCGCUCGAGGACAUCGGUGUUUUGCAGGACCACAGUCGGCUCAACAUCGUCGUUAUUAACGGAAGAGUCCACAAGGCCGCAUCGUUCGAGUAUUACCAAGAUACGCAGCGGAAUUGA